AGAGAAAGGACUCAGUAUGGUCUAUGGGAGAUGGUGUGCCAGAAGGAGACAAGCCUGACAAUUCCCAAAAAUCUGUUUUAUUUAUUGAAAAGCCUAAGGGUGGCUCCAUUAGUGUUGGGCAAAAUAUUACAUUCACAGCCAAAGUAGAAGCCCAAGAUCUUCUCCGAAAGCCAAAUGCUAAGUGGUUCAAAGGGAAAUGGAUGGACCUGGCAAGCAAAGCUGGGAAGCACCUUCAACUAAAGGAGACAUUUGACCGCCUAACCAAGAUGUAUACAUUUGAGAUGCACAUAAUUAAAGCUAAGGAAAACUAUGCAGGAAAUUAUAGGUGUGAAGUAACGUAUAAGGAUAAGGUUGAUACCUGCUCUUUUGAUCUGGAAGUCCAUGAAACGUCAUCUGCCCCAUCAAUUGAUAUCCGAUCUGCAUUCAAAAGAAGAUUGGAUUCUCCGGAUGCCAAACAAGGUGCCAGGGGAAUCCAUAGCGGUGAAGGACAAGAGGAUGCAGGAGAACUUGACUUUAGUGGUCUCCUGAAACGUAGGGAGGUUAAACAAGAGCCAGAUGAACCUGAUAUAGAUGUGUGGGAGAUUCUGAAGAAUGCCAGUCCCAAUGACUAUGAAAAAAUUGCUUUUCAGUAUGGGAUCACUGACCUGAGGGGCAUGCUGAAACGUCUGAAGCGUACUCGCAGAGAAGAAAAGAAGAGUGCAGCUUUUGCUAAGAUUUUGGAUCCUGCAUAUCAAGUAGAUAAAGGAGGUAAAGUCAGGUUUGUGGUGGAGUUGGCUGAUCCAACAGUGGAACUCAAGUGGUAUAAAAAUGGUCAAGAGAUACGACCAAGUGGAAAAUAUAUUUUUGAGCACAAAGGUAAUGAAAGGAUCUUAUUUAUCAACAAUUGCGGCCUGACUGAUGAUGCUCGUUAUCAUGUGACCGCUGGUGAUGAAAAAUGCUCUACUGAGCUGUUUGUAAGAGAGCCUCCAGUGAUGGUGACAAAAGGUCUGGAAGAUACCAAUGGCUAUAUUGGAGAUAAAGUAGAAUUGUCAGUUGAAGUUUCUGAAGAUGAUGCAAAUGUGAAAUGGUUUAAAAAUGGUGUAGAGCUGCCUCUUGAUAGCAAAUCUCGAUACAAAGUGAAGGUUGAAGGUAAAAAACACACCCUGAUCAUCAAUGAAGCGACCAAAGGUGACAAUGCCACUUAUUCAGUGAUGACAACUGGAGGCACAUCAGCUGCUAAGUUAAAAGUUGACUUGAGACCACUGAAGAUAAUGCAGCCAUUGGAAGACCAGACAGUAAGGCUUGGCAAAGAACUCUCUCUGAAAUGUGAGAUUUCUGAGAAUGUAGAAGGAAAGUGGUACAAGAAUGGACAGCUUCUCCAACCAAGCGACCGUAUCAAGAUGUAUCACAAAGGAAGAAUCCACCGGCUAAUUAUUGAUAGUUCACUUGUUGAUGACGAUGGUGAAUAUAUGUUUGUUCCAGAAGCUUAUAAUGUCAACAUCCCCUGCAAAGUGCAUAUUAUAGAUCCUCCUAAAAUCCACCUUGAUGGGCUUGGUGACAAUAAUACUGUGACAGUGGUAGCAGGAACCAAGUUACGGCUUGAGAUCCCCAUCUCUGGAGAGCCUACUCCAAAGGUCAUGUGGAGCAGAGGUGACAAGUGGCUCAUGGAUCCUGCAAGCCGAAUACGAGCAGAAAAUUAUCCAGACAGCAGUUGCUUGGUGAUUGAUUCCGCAGAGAGGGACGACUCAGGCAACUACAGAAUAAUGCUAAAGAAUGAGGCUGGAGAAGACACAGCCCACAUCACUAUCAAAGUGGUUGAUAUUCCUGAUCCUCCAGCGGCACCAAAUGUGAUUGAUGUAGGAGAAGACUGGUGCAUUAUGACUUGGGAACCACCAGUGUAUGAUGGUGGAUCUCCCAUUUUAGGAUAUUACAUUGAACGGAAAAAGAAACAGAGCUCCAGGUGGAUGAGGCUGAACUUUGAUCUUAUUAAAGAAACGACUUUUGAGCCAAAGAAGAUGAUUGAAGGAGUUGCCUACGAGGUCCGGGUGUUUGCAGUCAAUGCCAUCGGCACUUCCAAACCAAGCAUGCCCUCAAAGCCCUUUGUGCCACUGGCUGUCACCAGUCCGCCUACCUGCCUGGCAGUUGAUUCUGUAACUGAUACUACAGUUACCAUGAAGUGGCGGCCACCAGACCAAAUCGGAGCUGCAGGUUUAGAUGGCUAUGUUAUAGAGUAUUGCUUCGAAGGAAGUCCCCAGGCGCCCAUCACAGAGGGCGAGGGAGACACUUGUACACAGGAAAUUAAUAGUGAGGAGGCAGACGGGGGCCUGGCGCAGACUGAAGACAAGACAGCCAAACCAACCUCGGAAGAAUGGAUCGUGGCCAAUCCAGAUCUAACUGACAAAACAAAAUUCACCAUCACUGGUCUGCCAACUGGAGCCAAAAUCUUUGUCCGAGUAAAAGCAGUGAAUGCAGCUGGUUCCAGUGACCCUAGGAUGCAUCCACAGCCGAUUUUAGUCAAGGAAGUUAUUGAGCCUCCGAAGAUUCGCCUGCCAAGACACUUAAAGCAAACCUAUAUUCGACGAGUUGGAGAAGCUGUGAAUCUUGUAAUUCCCUUCCAGGGAAGACCAAGACCUAAGAUAUCGUGGAAGAAAAAUGGUGCCCAUGUAGACAAGAACCAAAUUAACAUCCGCAACAGUGAACAUGACACUAUCAUCUUCAUCCGAAAGGCAGAGAGGAUCCACUCUGGGAAAUAUGACAUGAAAGUCAAAGUAGACAAUUUGGUGGACAAAGCCACAAUAGACAUCCAGAUAGUUGAUCGACCAGGGCCACCCCAAGUUGUAUCAAUUGUAGAUGUCUGGGGAGAAAAUGCUGCGUUGGAAUGGAAGCCACCAAAGGAUGAUGGCAAUGCAAACAUUACUGGUUACACAAUUCAAAAAGCUGACAAAAAGAGUAUGGAGUGGUUCACUGUAAUUGAACACUACCACCGAACUAGCGCUACCAUUACAGAACUCGUCAUCGGCAAUGAGUAUUUCUUCCGGAUCUUCUCUGAAAACAUGUGCGGUCUCAGCCAGGACGCAACAAUGACGACAGAGAGUGCUGUGAUUGCAAAGGAUGGUAAAGUCUACAAAAAUCCAGUUUAUGAGGAUUUCAAUUUCACCGAGCCACCAAUGUUUACUCAGCCUUUAGUUAACACGUAUGCUGUAUCUGGUUACAAUGCAACUCUGAACUGCAGUGUCCGAGGAAACCCCAAGCCCAAGAUAACAUGGAUGAAGAAUAAAAUAAUCAUCAUGAAUGACCCGCGGUACCGAAUGUUUAGUAACCAGGGGGUGUGCACCUUGGAGAUCCGCAAACCCAACCCCUACGAUGGCGGCACGUACACUUGCAAGGCUGUCAACUCGCUUGGCGAGGUGGAAGUCGAGUGCAAAUUGGAAGUGAAAGUGAUUUAUCAUGGAGUAAUUACCCCAGGAGAACCAAUCUUCUUGGCGGGGCAGAAACAGUUGCACAGUAAGGAUUUUUGAAUGUAUAAUGUCAUCUAAGGUGGGGUCUCAUUCUUCCGACUACUAAUGCAAGGAGUGCCCCCACAUAUCAUUGAUGGCUACCUGCAAGAACUACACGCAGGCAACUCGGAGAAGUAGAGUCUGGCCACAGCGUAUC